UGCUCUCUCUUGAACGAGAAGAUACACAAGGUCAAGCAAGGAUAUGGCUUUGAUCAACAAGAUCCUUAACAUCUUUCUUCCUAUUGUCACGUUUUCGCUUCUUGUAGUGUUCAUGCCAAUUUCAAUAUUAUUCAGUCUCUUUGGCUUCAUAAGGAAUAGCAAAGAGUCCGACAAAGUCAGUGGAAAAGUCGUCAUCAUCACCGGAUCUUCCUCAGGAAUUGGUGAGGUCAGUGAGUUCUUACCCGUGUUUUCAAAGUCAAUGAUCAAAAGCUUUGGCCAAUGGUUAAAGAAAAUAAACAUUUAUAAAUUUUAUAAUUUUAUAAUUGUGAAGCACCUUGCAUAUGAGUACGCACGUAGAGGAGCAUACUUGACGUUAGUAGCUCGGAGAGAGGAUCGUCUCCGACUUGUGGCUAAUCGGUGUCGGAGGCUUGGAUCACCCGACGUUGCCGUAGUACGUGGUGAUGUCUCAGUCAUUGAAGACUGUAAACGUUUUAUCGAAGAAACCAUCUCUCGUUUUGGAAGACUGGAUCACCUGGUGAACAAUGCGGGAAUUGCGGAGGCCAAGUUUUUCGAAGACUAUUUACAAAUCUCUGAUGUUCUUCCCAUUAUGAAUACUAACUUUUGGGGACCAGUUUACACGACACAUUUCGCUAUACCACAUUUAAAGAAAACCAAAGGAAAGAUAGUGGCGGUCGCGUCGCCUGCUGGAUGGUCUGGAGUGCCAAGAAUGAGUAUCUAUGCUGCAAGCAAAGCAGCUAUGAUAAACUUCUACGAGACUCUUAGAAUCGAGCUUGGUCCGGAAAUUGGUGUGACAAUCGUGUUUCCAGGUCUAGUUGAAAACGAAAAUACCAAUCCGGAUCUUUUGGCUGAGAAACAAGACUGGUCGCAAGUUGUUGCUAUCGAGUCAGCAACGGAAUGUGCCAAGGCAGUUGUCAAUGGAAUCUGCAGGGGGAAGACCUUUCUGGCAGAGCCGUCGUGGGUCCGCGUUCUCUUCUGGCUUAGUAUUCUCUGCCCUGAGCUGUUAAUCUCUAAGCCUAAAAGAAACUGACCACUUGUUUUAUAAAACAGUUAAAGAUAUUGGUCUAAUUAAAAUCUACUUGGCAUUCUGUUUUUUCGGUUCAGUUUAAUGAUCCUUUACUUUUAUUAAUCGAGAAACAUUUGG